AUGGAUUGUGAAGUAAAGGAGAUUUUGGAAGGAGCCCAAGACCACCUUCUUGUAUCAUCCAAGGAUCCUGAGAUAAAAAUGCCUGAAUCAUUCAAUAAAGCACUGCAGCACUCCAAAUACGGAAGUCGUUACAUAGAUGUCCAAUCUGUGAGACAAGUCCUAGACACCCUCAAAACUAAUGGAGUUACAGAUGGCAAGAUAUGCAUGAUCGGGAACAUUCUACUAGAGUCUAUUAAUGAGGUUUAUAUUCUUGUACCUCCUUUAAAGGACAACAGCGAUAACAAUGAGGGAUUAACAAAAGACGCGUUGCGUCGUCUAACCUGGCAAAGCAUAGAAACUCAAAAUAAUCCUUGUUAG